UCUAUUGUGGAGUAUGUCACUCAGACCUUCACAUGGUAAAGAACGAUUGGGGUACGUCCACCUACCCGCUUGUGCCCGGGCAUGAAAUUGUGGGUGUAGUAAAAGAGGUGGGGAGCAAGGUACAAAAAUUCAAAGCUGGAGACAAGGUUGGCGUGGGCUGCAUAAUCGGAGCAUGUAAUUCUUGUGAUAACUGCUCCAACAACCUCAAAAAUUACUGCAAAGAAAUGGUCCUCACCUGCAGUGACAAGUAUUAUGAUGGUGCCACCACAUAUGGUGGCUACUCAGAUAUCAUGGUUGCAGACGAGCACUAUGUGGUCCUUAUUCCUGAUAAACUAUCACUUGAUGCUUGCGCCCCUCUUCUUUGCGCUGGGAUCACGGUAUAUAGCCCCUUGAGAUUUUAUGAGUUUGAUAAACCUGAUAUGCAAUUGGGUGUGGUUGGCCUUGGUGGACUAGGUCAUGUGGCCGUGAAGUUUGCCACAGCUAUGGGGGUUAAGGUGACAGUGAUAAGUACCUCACCUAAGAAGAAGCAGGAAGCCUUAGAACAUCUUGGUGCUCACUCAUUUUUGGUUAGCAGGGACCAAGAUCAGAUGCAGGCUGCACAGGGUACAUUGGAUGGUAUUAUUGAUAGAGUCUCUGCAGUACACCUUCUGCCUCUGAUUGGAUUGCUGAAGUCGCAUGGAAAGCUGAUUAUGGUUGGCGCACCAGAAGAGCCACUUGAGCUACCAGUCUUUCCUUUAAUUAUGGGAAGAAAGAUAGUGGGUGGUAGUGCCAUGGGAGGCAUGAAAGAGACACAAGAAAUGAUAGAUUUUGCAGCCGAACACAACAUAUCUGCUGAAAUUGAGGUGAUUCCAAUCGAUUACGUGAACACUGCCAUGGAGCGCCUUGUGAAAGCAGAUGUUAGAUACCGAUUUGUCAUUGAUAUUGGGAACACAUUGAACUCGAGCUGUUGA